AUGUUGUCGGCAAAUUUCAUCAUGGUCACGAGAUCGCCGACACGCGAGGACGACGAGGCUGCCGAAUGCCUUCUUUGCGGUCGACACAAUGGCUGCAUGUGGGGUUCGCAUAGGUGA